AAGGGGGCGGGCGGCGAGACCUGUGGGGCGCAGGGUGCCGGCGUGGUGUCUGCCCGCCCGGGGGACAGUCUCCGCUAGGCUUAGGGGCGGGGAGAGCUGGGUGGCUGAGAGUCAGCAAAACUGCGGUGGGUGGUCGCCUUGUCUGCCUCCCAAGCAGUCAGGUUUUUGUGCAGCAGAUCUCUGUCCGUUAUGAAGUGCUUGACUUUGUCCUAAAAAGGCAUUUUGUUGCAGGCUUCUGCUUAAAAGUGUGUACCUAAGGUGCUUGUGAUGGGCUCUGGGCAUGACAAAUCCCAUCCGUAGUUUUCACUGUGUAGGUUGUCAAGUGUAGCUUUCCAAGCGCGGGUGGCUCUUGUGUGACAUAGGAGCUUAGAAGCAGGGGCUGAUGAGGCUUCUCGAUUGUGACGUACAGGACUGUCAUUCAUUCUUUAUUUCAUUAACCAGUUUGAAGGAUGAUGAUAGUGGAGAUCAUGACCAGAACGAGGAGAACAACACACAGAAAGACAGUGAGAAGGAAAAGAAUGAUCGAGAGAAACCACAGAGUAGUACCAAGAGGAAGGCUGUUGUCCCAGGGCCAGCUGAGCACCCCCUGCAGUAUAAUUACACUUUUUGGUACUCCAGACGAACACCUGGGAGGCCUACAAGCUCGCAGAGUUAUGAACAGAACAUCAAACAGAUUGGCACCUUUGCCUCAGUGGAGCAGUUCUGGCGGUUUUACAGUCACAUGGUGCGUCCUGGGGACCUGACAGGCCAUAGUGACUUCCAUCUUUUCAAAGAGGGGAUCAAACCCAUGUGGGAGGAUGAUGCCAACAAAAAUGGUGGUAAAUGGAUUAUCCGUCUGCGGAAGGGCUUAGCGUCACGAUGCUGGGAGAAUCUCAUUCUGGCAAUGUUGGGAGAACAGUUUAUGGUGGGGGAAGAAAUCUGUGGGGCAGUCGUCUCUGUCCGAUUCCAGGAGGAUAUUAUCUCAAUAUGGAACAAGACAGCCAGCGACCAGGCCACGACAGCCCGGAUACGUGACACGUUACGAAGAGUGCUCAACCUACCUCCCAACACCAUCAUGGAAUAUAAAACGCACACCGACAGCAUCAAGGCCUGGGAGGAGUUUCAUGGCCUGGUGAACAGCAGUGGCCGCUGAUCGAACGCUCCCCUUCCCUCUGUCACACCCAGGAGAUAAUUCAAGCUUUCGAAAUACAAAAAUCACAUUGUGAGAACAAGAGUUGGCACUAAGCUCCUCUCUCCGUGUUGAAAGCACUGAGAGGUCUCCACCAGUGCCCUCCGACCUCUGAAGGGACUCAUGGGCCACUCUCUCACACUCCUCCUUGGAGGAAGGAUCCAUCCGACGCCCUCCAGCAGCGGUGAUAAUAGAGGCUGAUCUUGUCAUACACAAACUUUUUUUUAGCAGUGGGGCGGGAGGCCAAUCUUUCAAUUAGCAGCGUGCCCUUGAGGCCACGUCUUGCAGCACUUUCCUCUCUUUCUCUACACGGCAUGCAGGAUCUCUGGGAUUCUGCCUUGACGUCAGAGCCUUUUGCUGAGGGAUACCAGUAUUAAAAAUCUCUCUGCAGCUGGGAGGAGCUUCCCAGUUGAGAGUCAGCCCCAUGGUUUGCAAAUGCGCCCCUUUCAGCUCUGCCAAUAAAUUAUUGGGUCUCUUUGUUUC